AUGGAGGCUGCACUAACUCACUUACGGGAGCUGUUUCCCAAGGUGGACGUCAGGCUUCUGAAGGCGGCGAUUCGCGAGCAUGGCACGUCGCCGGAAGCCAUGGACGAGGUGGUUCAGUACCUCAUGGACGAAGCGCUUUCGGAUUCCUCGUCUUCCGACGGAGAAAUUUCGGACAAGGAGGACGAUGUCGAGAAUAUUAAUACGGAUUCUGCCGGGUUUGCACCAUUAGGGGUUACUGAUAGACACGAAUCUUCGUCCCCCAUUGACGCAAAGUCUUUUGACGAGACCGCCGAUAACGAGGAUCCAUCUGGCGAAGCCGUUAACGAGGAGUCUUUUUUUGAAGCCGAGGAGAAUCUCCCCGCGUCAAGAGCUUCUCUGCAAGACUCAGCGGCUUCCAGCGACGAUAAGAUCAUCCUCGGCUUGUCGGAAAUACCGGUGAUGACAGUUCUGCCAGCGUCCUCAAACUUGUACAGUGAAAAUAGUGUCGGUGAGGAGGGAGAGAAACACGAUGAGCAGGACCUUUCCGCCCUCGUCGCUACUGGCCAAGGUCCAGACAACAUCAGCACCAUCGGCACCAUCGAUACCACCAGCACCAUCGAUACUACCGGCACCAUCGGCGCCACUGGCGAAAGAUCAGCAGACUCGUUAGAAGCACCUCUGACGGCUUCUUCCGAUAGCGAAGAUUUUGGAGAACUCAUGGCGGGAAGUGCACCGCCGUUGGAUGCGACACUGGAAGAAUCUGUGGACGGCGCAGAUCUGGUUUAUGAGAAUCUGAAAGAAGACGCUAUUAACGGUGAUAAGGCUGAUGGUGGCCAAGUCGAGGGUGACUCUAUCGAGGGUGCUGAUGCUGACGUACGCGAGGCUGGAGUUGUGAUUAAAGCGGGGGCGAAAUUGUUUGCGGAUGCUGCUGAUGCGGCCGGCGCUUCUGGUUCUACUGAUGGGACCGAAGAGGAAGAGGAGAAAGCGGAGGUGGAGAAAGCGGUCGUUGUGAAUGAACCCGAGGGUGAACCGGAGAGUGAACCGGAGAGUGAACCCCAACAGGCGGACGGAGAGAACAUGGGCGGUGCUGGGGUGGGUCGAGAAGAGAUUCAGGGCGAGCCCGAGCAGGCCACGCACAAAGCAGAACCUGUAGUGGAGAAAGGGGAGGAGAGGGACGAGGCUGUAGCUGUGCAAGAGGAGAGCAAGGGAGAGGAGGUCAGGAUGGAGGAAGUUUUGAAGGAAGGAGAGGAAGCAACGGAGGGAAAGCAAGAGAAACGAGCGGAUGAGCGCGAGAAGGAAGAGAAAGAUGAGGGGCAAAAGGAGCGGGAAGAGGAGGAGGAAGAGUGCGAGCAUGUGGAGGUACCAGAGAGCCUAGUGAACAGCUGGAGCCGGUCCUUCGUGGAGGUCGAAGUCAGCACCAUUGCCCACCACGUGGCCUCCACCAGAGACGCCAAAUCCCGCCUCGACGCCCAGCUAGCGUCCAUUCAGACGCUCCUGUCGGAGGUGGAGCGCGCCGAGCAGCAGGCAGCCGCAGCUGAAACCGCUCUGUCCCAUGCUGGCGAGGCUGACGUUGCCGAAGCUGAGAAUGUGCUUCGGCACGUGGUUCGGUCACAGCAGGCGCUGGAGAUCCGCGCGGCGCAGGUGUUUGGGCACCGGGCGCAGCUGCAGGAGGAUUCGCAGGGGCUUAAAUCCCGGGUCGAGGCGAUUCAGGGUCAAUUCGCGGAGGUGGAGAGGCAGGUGGAGGAGUUGAGAGCGGUGCUGGAGAAGAGGUUGGAGCGAGCUAGGGAGAGGAUUGGUGAGUUGGAGAAGAGGAGGAGGGAGAGGGAGGAGGGAGGGAGGAAGAAACUGAAAGGGGCAGAAAGGGAGAUGGGGCGGGUGCUGGGGGAGGUGCCGGGGCUGGAGAGGCAGGAGCGGGCGUGUGAUGAGCUGGCAGAUGCACUGGUGGCACGUCACCACGAGGCUGAUGUGUUGGAGGGACAGCUGGCGGUUCUGCGGGAGGACCUGGCGGCGCUGGUGAGGGGCGUGGGACGGCUGCCCGGGCUGCCUGGGGAGGCAGUGGAAGACCUGGGAUACUCGUUUUUGAGUGAAGAAGGAAAGGAAACUCGUGAAGGCCAGAGGCAGGAAUCUUAUCAUUCUCUGCACGAGGAUCUCUCACAAGCAUCAGGAUCAUCAGCAACAGCAGCGUCUGCACCGGACGCCAUUAUGCCUGCCGUACAGGCCGCUCCCAUCACAGGUCGCACAGGUGAAGGCCAGAGUAACCUUGUUGCUGGAGUAUUGGGGUUGAAGCAGCAGCAGCAGCUGCAGGUCCCAUUACAGGUUGCUGGAGUAUUGGGGUUGCCCAACGCCUCUAGCCCUGCUUCGGUGGGUGACUUGAAUGCAACUGCUGUUCCUGCAACAUCUAAUGCUGGUGCCCCUGACGCUGGCACUGCUGGUGCUGCCGCUGGUGGUGCUGCCGCUCUGUACUCAGAGCUGUGCAGUGCCCAAAACCUCGGCACAUCCCCUGCUGCCGCCGCUGGGGUCAACGCCCUUUCUGGUGACUCUUCGUUCAGCAACACCACUCCUGCUGCUGUCGAGACCGCAUUCAACAUCCCCACGGCUUCUCCCUUCGAAGAUGAGGACCAAUUCGAGGCGAAGAUGCGUGAAAUGUCCAGCAUGCUCAAGGAAACGCUCCCUGUUUCCCGCUCCCGGUUCCACCAGCAGCAGCAGCAGCAGCAGCAGCAGCAGCAGCAGCAGCAGCAGCCCCAGCUGCAGUCACAACAGCAGCAGGCAGGUGUGGUAAGCGGGUUGACUGAUAACAACACUGGAGUGGAAGGCGUGACGAUGAUUGAAGACGGUGACUGGAGCGUGCUGGAAGCUUCUGAUCUGCUCACAGCGUCAGUGCUAGGUAAUGGGGUUGGUGAUGGUGCUGGUGGGGCAUUGGGAGGUGCUGAUGAUGAGGCGCGGUGGUCGGGGCACAGCUCGUUCAGUGUGCAUGCUGGCAGCACUCCUCGGGCGAGGGAGGGCGGGGUUGUGAGGGGUGAGAGUGGCAAGAUCAGUGAGGUGAUGGAGCGGUAUUUUGGCAGCAGUGAGUAA